AUGUUCGCAGUAUAUUUUCAUGGGCAGUAUGAAGGUCCUGAUGGUCUAAUAGACAAAUUUGACGAAAUGAGAAUCUUUACAGUUCGUUCAGACGAAAGUCUUGAGAAAACUCUAGAUGACUUUCAAACUCAAAUGAACAAAUAUUAUUGGGAAUUUCAAGAAAAAUACGACUCUUUACUAAAUGGAACAUACUAUCUGAAACUAGAAUAUGACAAGAUGAACUCCACCGUUUCAUUUCAAAAGAUUGAAAUUAACCCUCCAAGAGAUACAGAGUUUUUAUUUUGGGAAGUAGACAAACGUUCUUGGGCACAAUUUCUUCGGUUACUAAACCAGAACGAACCAUUACCACCAGAUGGUCCAUUUAAAUUUAUACUUCCACCAGCAGAUUUGAUGGUUUAUAGAAACGUGUUUGACCCUCAAAAUGUUAUGUGUCAUGCAAGUUUCAGUUCAAGCAACAAUAGUUUUCUAUGUAUUGGUAAGGACCUUUAUGACUUUGCUUCUAAAUUCUACGAACCACCUAGUAACAGUUUCUCUGACUUUCAAGUUUGGUUCACAACAAAUGGUGUGCAACAUAUUAUUCCAUUGUACUAUGACUUUUAUCUCGAAUUGUCUUUCAUAUAUAACUACGGAAAAGUGCUGAAAAAGUAUUGA